GGUUCUUAACGGUUUCCAAGGUAAACGAUUAAAAGGGUUAAAAGGUGGUUUCAAGAAACCCUUCAGAACUGUUAACCAACAAGUUGUCAUGGCUCAAGGAGAUCCUAAAAAAUGGUCAAUGCCAGGAUGGCGUAUAGAACAACGUUUUUCUCCGGGUGUUCUUAUUGGAAAUUGGUCCGAAGAACGUAAUAUUUUUCAACGCGGUAACAAUUUACACAACAGUACCCACCGAACAGAUUUCCGUAACUGGGGAGGUCAUCGACCUGAUGUGGUUAUUCGACGUAAUGCUAUGAUGAGAUCAGAUGGACUUGGACCAGAGACUUUAUUCCAUCACCAUGGUAAAAAGUAUUCUAAUAACAUGGUGUCGUGGUAUGAUGAACAGUAUAACGGCAGAUGGCACGAGAACUGUCUUCCAGAAUUAAGGAACUGGAACGGUCAUUGUUUGGCCUGGGUACCAGAAAAAUCAGAUCACCCGCUCCAAGGACAAUCAACAAAUUAUGGUCUGUUACCAAAACUACAACGAGAAUGGAAACAGCAGAUAUGCGAUGAAACCAAGGGAGACUACCUGUCUACCUAUCAGAACUCCUUCAUUUCUCCACCUAAAAGUGCCUUGGUUACGCUAAGAAAUGCUGUACCUAAACCCAGCUCCACAUCUGUCCAUAGUAUUACAAAAAUAAACAAAAAUCUAGAUUUCAGAAAUGACCCAACUGCCAAGGGACCUGAACUUUCAGGAAGGGAAUUGACAACAAUCUCAUGUUAGAAAAUAUACCAAAGAUUUAGAAUAUAUAAUGAUUUUAAAGAUUAUUCAGAUGUGAAUUGCACAGUACAUAAUAUUUUGUCUCCUUUUUUUUAGCUUAAAGAUACAUUCUGGAACCAGAUUAAUUUUAAACCCAGCACUGUUUGUUAUCUAUGGAAGAUGCCAGUGUUGGAAAAUGUUAAAUUUGUCAUACUUUUGUAAAUUCUGAAUAGUAUUAAACCAUUUUUGAACAACUACAUUUGUAUAAGCAGCUUUAAUCUACUGUUUGAAUAAUAGUUUCAUUAAAGAUACAUUAUGGGAGAUUAGAUACAGAGCUAGUAGUUCUCACUAUCAUAGUUAAAAACUAGAUAUUGUAAAGGGAAUUUGCUGAAAAUUUCAGUCAAAUUGAUCCACCCUGAACCGAGAAUUUAGUGAUUGAAUUUUGGGCCUAGCCUUGAUCAUCAUUACUAAAUUCGGUACGAUAAAAUCAUAGUCUCGAUUAUCCAUUUUUUGAUUUAAUCAGAAGCAGCAGCAGCAAAUAUUGCAGGCUAGCGAUGACAUCAAGAGUUGAUUAUAGUCUGUUAAAGUUAAUUAAUGUCUAAUUAAUAAUUUAGAUAACAGUUCAGGCCUAAAGAAAGACCUGCAAUUGGCAGAUUUAGCUCUUGCAUAAUGCAUGUUUAAUUUUCACUAAUGGUUAUUGUAUGUAUAUGUAUAUCCAUUCUAUAUCAAGCUAACAUUUACAAUGCAAACCACAUAAUCAAAUUAUUUAUUAUUUUAAUUUUUAUAUGAAAGUUUAUAAUAUAGCUUUAACAAAUUAUCUAUAUAGAUUUUCAUGUUAUUUAUAUGAUUUUUAACAAAGCAUUUUAGUUAUACAGAAUUGCUUAACUUUGCUUUGAAUAUAUUCCUUCCCCUUUUGGACCAGGAACUGAACAGACUCUUGUUCUUGGGGCGACUUUUCAAAAAAGCCCAAGGCUUCGUCAAUUCAUCGGUUGUACAUGACAAGGAGUAGGGUCGCUUGUCCAACCUCGUAGGGUUUCUCCGGGUCCUCCAGUUGCCUCCCACUGCUAAAGACCCCUACGCGCAAACAAAUUAUUUAAAUAAAAUUAAACCAUAUUAUGUUAGUCCCGAAAUGACCUAGUUUGUGUCGUAGACAUCAACCCCAUUUCUCUCUCUCGUCAAUUCAUGUCCAUCAACAUGAAAAUUGGCAUGCUUCCUUGAACAAUUUCAUCCAACAUGGUCAGUUCCUGGUCCAUAGUAGGAUCGUCAUUGUUUUAUGAAUUGUCUCCCUUAUUGUUAUUUUGUUUUCAUUUUGAGUGAAGUCGGUAUCAUUACUGACUCAGGACUGUACAGCACAGUGAACGCUUACAGCUAGCCCCCGGAUCCAUUCACUUGAUAUGAUAUGAUAUACUUUGUUUGUUGUUUAUUAUUGGAAAUAUCUGUAUAUAUUGUUCGUGGGUUGUCUUAUGGGUUUAGUUUGUGUGUAUUGCAGUCAUCCUGCACUUACUAUAAGUAUUAUUGUUAUAUUUAAAUUAUAUAUUUAUUCAGUAAACUGUGAUAUAAUUGUGUUAUUUAUAUGAGUUAUUGAUUUAUAGGGUAGGACUGGUGUUUGUUAAAAGGUGAAAAGAGAAAUAACAGUGAUCAAACUCAAUGCUAGGUUCCCACUAUCACGAUUCACGCUACGAUUUGAAUUAUGGUUUUAAUCGUGAAGUAAUCAUGGUGAUCCUAACAGGUCUUAUAAUAUAUUGAGGCCCGUCGCAGCAAUCGAGUUGAUCAUAUCAAAUAAUGUAUCUGCACGUAUGAGAUCGUGGACUCAGUAGGAACAUUCCUUUCGUAACGCAUCGCACGAUGGUGGGAAUCUUUGUAUAAGGUCACUCGAGAAAGAGCUGGUUGUUCUUGGUAUAAUACUUUAAAAAUUUAUGUAUUAAAAAUUUCAGUCAAAUUACUUUAUUCUAAGCAAACUUAUGAAUGCCUAAUACAUGUAUAGAAAGCCUUUUACCUGUAGUUGUUGUGAUGUUACACAUUUUCGGAAGGUUUCGAAUUUUUCGUCCAUAUUUGCAUUUAUAAUGGUAGACAUUAAGUAAUCCACUCAAUAUCUUUGCCAUCCAAGGUCUAGAGAGUUGAUUAUGGGCUUGUCAUGUAAAUAGAUGUCUAAAUAACAAAUCAUAUAACAUUUGAAGCCAGUAAAGAAAUUGUCCGGCAAUAGACAAAUUUAAAUCUUAAUAUAAUAUUCAUCUUUGUGAUUAUAUACCUAGACAGUAUUAUUUUUUAUAUUAUUGUAUUUUUGCUCAAAUUAUACAAGAUGUACUGGUUUUUUAAAAAAAACUGUUUAUAUAAUUUUAGAUAGUUAAAGGGACAAUAACACUCUUGCUGGCUUGACAGCUCCAGAAAAUAAAAAAUAGCCUUAUUCUAAGUACUAGAUGUGUUAGUGUCCUACCUGUUAUGUAAAUUAUCCAUUAAAUCCUAUUUUACUUGUCCACAGGGUUCAAAAAUAUUUUUAAAUCCAAGUAACAUUUGAAAAGCUUUACGUCAGGCUUUUCAAAUCAUUGAGUUGAAUUUUUUCAAUUUUUUAAAUUAGGUGUGUUAAGAUGAAAUUUGUAUCAUCAAUUAAUUGGAAUAUUGUAAAAUAGUACAAUUUGUUGACCAGAAUAUAGAUUGGGACAUAUUAUUCAGUCACAACA